AUGACAGACGGCUUCUGGAAUCGACAACAGCCACUUCUCCCUUCUCCCGGCUUGCUCAAAAGGCCCCGCACAGAAUAUGAUAUGUCAUCUUCUGGUGUUGGUCUGAACUCAGGUAAUGAGUUGCAUACUUACAUUGCUCAAAAUGAUGGUCACCAAAUGCCAAAUGACGUUAAAACACUCGGGUCUUCUUAUGACCGCUACCUUCAGAAUGCCGGGCUUACUUCAGGGGAAGCUAGUGUAAUUGGUGGUGUUGGGUUGGCAAGGGCUGUUGGUGGAAUGCCAGGCCAUUCCCUAGGCAAUCCAUCUAUCAUGGGGCGUCCUGGUGGUGGCCCUGAUCUUGCACGAAAUGGGCAUAAUGUCAAUUUCGGUGGUCAGUUACCUAUGGGUGCAGUUUCCAGACCCAGACCCGAGACAAUACCGCUACCCCCAGAUGCUUCAUGUACUUUAUAUGUUGAAGGGCUCCCGUCUGACAGCACAAAAAGAGAAGUGGCUCACAUUUUUCGCCCUUUUGUCGGAUAUAGAGAAGUGAGACUUGUGACCAAAGAAUCCAAACAUCGUGGCGGAGAUCCUUUAAUCCUUUGUUUUGUAGAUUUUGUGAACCCGCCUUGUGCAGCCACUGCCAUGAAUGCCUUGCAAGGUUAUAAAGUUGAUGAACAUAAUCCAGAUUCAAGUUAUUUGCGGCUGCAGUUUGCUCGGUCUCCCGGCCCUAGAAAUGGGCCUGGACCUCGCGGUAAAAGGUGA